AUGAGCUCAAUACAGCAGGACAGCGCUACUCCUCGCUUACUCGAGGCGAAACAAGAUGAAACAAACCAAGUUCGUCGUGAUUCUCCGCCGAUAGCAGAACGCCAAAGUGACGAUAUCGAAACUCAACGACAGUUCGAAAAAGAUGACCCAGACGCUCUAGACUGGGACGGACCAGAGGACCCUGACAACCCUAUGAACUGGCCGCCGCGGAAGAGGACAGCGCAUAUUGUUCUCAUUGCGUUGGUUCAGUUGGUUUCCAACCUUGCAUCGACUAUGUUUGCCCCAGCCGGCAAGCUUCUAAUGCACAACUUUGACUUCUCUAGCCGAACCCUAUCAUCCCUCUCCGUCUCCAUCUACGUCCUCGGUUUCGCUAUCGGUCCGCUCAUAUGGGCUCCUCUGUCGGAGGUCUACGGUCGCUUUCCCAUUUACAUAAUAUCAACCAUCAUCUUUGUCGGGUUUGUCCUUGGGUGUGCCUUCUCAACAAGCCUUGCCAUGUUCAUGGUCUUUCGAUUGCUUUCCGGCUGUGGCGGUGCUGCAUCUCUCGCUUUGAGCGGCGGAACCCUCGCAGACCUGGUUCCUAGGCAACAAAGGGGCAAGUGGAUGGCUCUCAUUGCCAUUGGACCUAUUAUGGGCCCAACCAUUGGCCCGGUGGUCGGUGGCUUUGUGGGCCAAAACAUAGGAUGGCGUUGGGUAUUUCGACUUAUGGCUAUAUGUACAUAUGCUCCCGUGAUCCUCUUGCAGAAAGAGAAUCAGCGCCGAAUGUCUCUGGGGCUUCCUCUAGUCUCUGCCGGAAGAGAUGUUUCGGCAAAGCUAAAGCGAAGCAUUUUACGACCCUUCAAACUUCUCUUUCUAUCGCCUGUCGUCCUCUUCCUCGCUCUAUACGCAGCGUUCUGCUUUGGUCUUAUGUUUCUACUUCUAACCACCUUCUCAAAUGUCUUCAGUGGUCAAUAUGGUUUCGACAUGGGCAUUACCGGCCUUUGCUACCUUGGUAUGGGAGUCGGCACACUUGGAGGCCUUAUCGCCCAAGGCAAUUUCAGUGACAAGAUUAUGCGUAAACGUGCAGAACAGAGAGGUGGGGAGCCCAGGCCCGAGGAUCGAAUCCCGUUGAUGGCUUACUUGUCUUGGACUAUACCUGCAGGAAUGUUCUGGUAUGGCUGGAGUACCGAUGAAAAAGCACAUUGGAUUGUGCCUAUUAUUGGCUCGGCUUUUGUUGGUAUUGGCUUUAUCUUCGUCGUGAUGCCCUCGAUGAUCUAUCUCGUCGACUGCUUUGGCCCAGAAGCUGCAGCAUCUGCCCUCGCCGCUCACACAGUGCUGCGGUCUGUCACUGCGGCAUUUUUACCUCUCGCAGGACCUCGAAUGUAUGAAUCUCUUGGCUUGGGCUGGGGAAACAGCCUCUUAGCCUUUCUUGCAAUUGCAAUGAUUCCAAUUCCGUGGUAUUUUAUGAAGAAUGGUGAGAGACUGAGGCUUAAGUCUAAGCUAGUUUUAUAG